CUGCAGCAAAAAGCGGAGGGCCCGAAUGGGGAGCCAUGGCCGAAAUUCCCAAGCCGAGAGCCCGCUCCCCGUCUUUGCCACCCCCGCAGCCUGCCAUUUUCUACGGGCCGGUGGAGGCGGGGAACCCGGUGGUCGAGAAUUUCGAGCGGGACCUGCGGGCCUGCCUGAGCUUCUUGCGGCGGAAGUGGGAAGUUGGCGACGGGAGCUCCCGGGAGCAGGAGUUUCAUAGGCGAGGAGUAACUGCUUUGUUCAAUAUGUGGAACAAGUACAAGCCUCGAUUCCCAGACUGGUAUUACAAUGAAAAACUUGUGGAAGUUGGUGAUCAACUUGUGGAAAUGAAAGAGUAUAAGCUAGCACUUUCACAUUGCUAUGAGCGAUACCUUCAGCUAAUCAGUAGUGUAAAUAUGGACACACCUGGAUUAGAUAUGCAGCAGUUUAGGUCCAGUUUCUUCCCAAACGGAUUUAGAGAUCAAAGUGCUGCACGUAUGUUCCAUGUCUUGCAAGUGAGGAACACUUGCCUUUACAAAAUGGUGUGUGAUAAUGAUUUUGAACUUCUGAAUCAGGAAUCUAUGAAGACAUGUUUCAGAAUCUUGGCCUCAUGGCAACUUAUCAUGCAGAUGACUCUACCACAUGAGCACCUGUGUUGGCUUGUUUAUAAUGGUACAAUUCAUAUAUACACCAUAUGCAGACAUAUGAUGACUGUAGGUCAGUCUUCUAAGGUGCUUGAAUAUUUACUGUGGGCGUGUGCAUGUAUGGAAUCAUCAGUUCCACUUUUAGCCUUACAUUAUUUGACAUGGAGAGUCACUCUGUAUGCUGCUGUUAGCCAGUGUUACUAUGACUGCCAGUGUGACAUCUAUGGAGAGAUAUUUGCACGCCGUGGUUUGAUGAAAAUAGAUGAACUGAAGCAAAUCGAAACAAUGAGUUCAUCACCACUAAGUGUGGAAACAAAGAAAAAAUUCAAAGAAGCAACUGUGAAAAUGGCAGCAAUGAUCUUCAAACGAUCAGCAUUUGAACCCAGGAGACGACCAAAGGGACUUUUUCGACCAAGGGUGAAAGCUAAUCUUAGAGAUAUACAACAUCUGCCCUGGCCUCGUACAAUUACAGAACGGCUGCUGAUGGAAUUAUCUGAUUGCAAUUCAUAUCUUUUUUUUAUCAUACUGGAAGCUCUGUUUGAUAAAAAUAGAAGGACACUGGUCCCUGGGCCCCCAGUUCCUGAUGAAAUAGAAGUUCGUGAUGUCAUUUCUGAACUUUGUUUUGCAGCAACAGAUAUUCUUGAUGGUGGUGGCCUAAGUACACAAGGUAACGCAACAGCAGAAAUUUCUUCUGGUGUAAUAACGGGAUCUUCAACACUCAUGCAGCAGAUAUUGGCAGGGAAGAAUGGUAUUUCUGCAUAUGCUGCAUGGAGGUUUCUGAAGAUGGCCUUCAGCUAUGAGGAAUGGGAUGCAUUUGAUCAUGCAACUCUUCUGUUUUUUUCUUUUCUUCAGAGUCAAAAUAAUCAAGCAUGGAAGAAAGCAGAAGCUGAACUCAAAAUACUUAUAGUAAUGCAGCCUCUACUAUCUACUAGGAAACCAAGGCAUGGUUUGUGUGUUCAAGGAAAUAAUAUCCGAGAAGCAAUUGUUUUCCGUAGUCCAGGGAAAAAAUCCAUUGCGUUUCAAGAGGGACCAGUACAAACAGCAAAAACUACUGAUGAACUUUUUUUGUUGGCAAGAACUCUUUAUUCCUGUGUCUGUACAUCUGAGAAGGUUUACUUGCCGGACAAAGAAAUGAUAAUAGAUGCCUUGAUGUUUUUGUGGCAAAGAUGUAAGGUGGGAAUUCAGAGGAUCCAAAUGAGUGGAAGCAACUUCUUAAAGUUUGUUCAUAAAUACCAAACACCCAAGUGGAUUCAUACACUUUAUGCAAUUAAUGAAAUAAUUCACACCAUUCAUCUUGGAGGCAUAAAUGCUGUAGUAAUGGCUGAAGUCUCAUUAAGGCUAACAUCGGUGAUAGAGAAUAUUGCAGAAUUUACAAUCAAAUCUGGAAGUACAAGAGUAUUCCUGUCAGCAAAUGAAUCUCUGCUGGCUUCAGAGUACGCUAUUGGUGAUAUGCCUUUAUUACUACAGAAAUCUCCUCCAGAAUUACUAUAUUUGGCUUAUGAGUAUUUGGACAGAGCAAUCAAUGCAAUGAACCGAGCUUGCCUUGUAACUGGUUCCCUUGAUGGAACAUCAGUGCUUGAUAACUGCUGCAGAAAGAUGAUUGUUAAUGACCUGAAUAUGUCUUUAUCAUCUGACACCAGUGAGAAAUCAAUGACAGGAAACCUUUUGAUUAUGGAUUUGCACAUUGAUCUUAUUCAGGGUCAGCAUCGAGUUGCUGUUAAACUGCUUAACUUGGGACAAGAUGUUCAUGCUAGUGGCAAGAGUAUGCAAGGCAAGAAUCCUGCAAAAGAUAUAAGCCAUUCAAAAUAUUUAACAGAGCCAGAUAUAAUGAAUAAAGUAAAAAGGAAUCGAUUGUCCAAAGCUCUCUACCUGAUGCAGAAGGCUACACUGAUGCUUCCAGCAGGAUUAGGUAGUGCUUCCCCAAGCCAGCUCCUUGAGGAAGCACUUGUUUUAAUUCAGAAAACAGAAGCAGAACAAAAUGCAUUAUGUGCCACUUUUCUACAACCAGCAAGUAAUGUGAAAAGCAAAGUUCCACCUCCUCCUAUAUUGCUUUUCAGAUCACAUUGUUCCAUGGUAUUCAAGCCUGCUCCAUUUGUUUCAGAUAUAAAGGUUUCUUGGUACAGUAUUUUUGGAUGUGUAGCAGAAGGAUGCAAUCCAAAAGUCCGGUUAAAUAACUACAAUCUUAAGAACACAGGAAUAGUGGUGCCAGCUAAGGAAACUUGUGUUUUAGAAGUAAACGAUUUAGAGCCCAACCAAAAGUACAUAUUUGCGGUUGCAGCCUAUGACUCAGAUGGAAAGCUUAUUGGUGACAACAUUGGAGAAACAACUAAGCCAAUCCUUGCAUAUCCUCCUCUUUCUGCUGCAACUGUCCGAGCUUACCUGAUUCAGUUUGCUUUUCUAGUCGAAAAUUAUACAUUAUGUAAGAAGGCAUUUCAACCACUAUGGGACCAUUUUGUUUCAGAACCUCAUACUCCUGUUAGUGAUGUCACCGUUGUUUCUAUAAGCAGCACUCUGACAGUACCUCAGAAUAGAUUAAUUCCUGAAGUUCUUGUUCGGUCAUCUCCAAACCUCUUGUAUCUGUUCAUCAGGAACAUUUUUAUUAUCAGUGACAUCGCCGUGAAUGAAGGAGCGCUGUUCUGUGACUCUGUUUGUUUCAAUGAGCUGAAAUACAGUAAACAAGUUGCAAGAAUAACUGAAUGUGGGCGAAUGCUGGUGGCAAUUGAACUCAGUAACUGGUUGAACGAUGUACAUUAUGCCCUACAGUCAGUUGUUUAUUGUUAUGGUCUUAUCGCUCCGUUGGUCUAUCACAAAAUACCUUCCGAACCUGUCAUCCAGAUCAUUAUUAAGUGCCUCACUGUUGUCCAAGAAAUCCCAAAUACCAUAUUGCAAAGAAGACCGAGGUCAUGCUAUGAGAGUAUUCAGCACAUGAUAGCUUGCUGCUGCUUUUACACAGCAAAGAUAUUGCGAUCGUGGAAGGAAUAUGAAUUAGCAAUUUUUGUUAUUAACUGUGGGAAAAAGUUGUUGGAUUCCUCACAGACAGCAUCUCAAAUGGCUAUAGCUGAAGAAGGAGCAGAUGAAAUUCCAGAAGAUGAGGCUCCUUCCAAAAGGCUGAAAGCACAAAUAGCUGCAGUUGAAAAAGUAAAUGAGAACUUAGAAGCUCUGGAAAGUAACCUGCUCAAACUGACAAAACCAGGACAGGAACUUACUGGAGAUGAAGAUUCUUUUCUCUUGUAUCCAGUAGUUUCAAAUUGGCAAACAAAAUCUGCUUUUAAAGAAGUGAUGAAAUUCAAGAAGAGUCCCCGCUUCCUUGAAUAUUUUGUUAAACUUGUAUACAAAGCACUACAAGAAGAAAAAUUUGCAAGAAUAUUAGAGUGGGCGGAAGAAGUACAUGAUUAUCUUAAGAAGCGGAAUAGAUUCGUUCUUGGUAUCAAGCGUACUUCAAGAAAAGGUAGAAAAUCUCAUGGAUCUGCAGAGAAAAAGAAACUCGCAACACUAGAAUUUAACAAGAUGACAGGGUCACCAGCACCCAGGAGAUCAAAGACUCUUAAGAAAAAAGAGUUUAAAUAUUUUAAUAAAUGUCCAGGCAGAUCAUAUGACUCAGAAAGGAGAGAAAAAGAAGAAUCACGAAAAUUUGCUAUGCACAUGUUUGUGCACAAGCUGAAUUUACGUUCCAAUGUCUUCCUAAAACGAAGAAGGUUCCGUUGGAUAUAUGUUGAAGAAAUGCCAUGGAGGUCUCAGUUAAACAUUUACCUGUCAAUUGUUCACUUCAAUUUGUUUAAAAAACGGAUAGAAGACCUCUAUAAUACUGAUUUUAAUUCGUUACAAAAUUUGAACAGGUAUGAUGAGCUGGACUCUGAAAUAUUCUCAUUGAACAAUUCAGGCACCAUACUGAUGACAGCAACAAUGGAAGAGGAUGUGAAAUCUUUUAAAACUAUGUUUUUUGGAAGAAUACCAUCAGGAAAAAUCAGAAAGAAAACAGACAUACUUGACCUUACUUCCCCUGCCUUCGACUCUGGUCCUUCCUUGCCUGCCUCUGACCGUACAUCACAGAAUGCUUCUUCAGACAUUGUUUCUACCUCAAGCCCACUUGACGACAGUAAUUGCCUCACCCCUGAAGCUGACGCCAUGAUGGAUUCCACUAUGAGUCAGCUGUCAUCUUCAGUCCCUGAUACAGAUCCAGAUGUCUCUUCUAAUCACAGCACUAAGUCUAAUGAAAGAGACACUCCUCGGUCAAUUCAAGGUCACAUGACUCUCAAGGAACGUGAAAGAGCUCAGUGUUGUUCUGCUGUGCUGGAGCAUUUUUCUAAAACAUUUCUCCACUUUAAAAGAGCUGUGGUUACUGCUCAUCGUGGUGGCCAUUGGACGUUGCUUCAGAAUGCUUGUCGAGACCUUUGGAACUAUACUCAGGAAGUGCAAUCAAUUAUGAAACUUUCAGCAUCUUUUCAUGCACCACUUCCUAUCAACAAGGAGCUUUUUCUUAAUACAAUUUGGCUACCAUACUACAUGGCAUCAAAUGCAUUGCUGGACAUGAUUGUUGAUCUCCAGGCUAGUAAUUCUGUUAAGAUUAUUGAAACUGAAGGAGAUUUUUGUGUUCCAAGCUGCGUAGGAGGCAUUACUGAUGACGAAGGUGGUUCAAAUCUUUCUUUUCAAUAUCCAUUUGAUGAUAUAACGGUUGUUGAUCUGCAAGGAGUAUGUAAUUUGGUCCUGAGAACUCUUGAGUUUCUAUUUCGUUUGAAGAAGUGGGAAUCACUAAUAUAUGUAGCCAUGCAAUUUAACACAAUUACGCAUGAGAGGUAUACAGAGCAAGUGACUUCCCUGUUGGUAUUUGCUCAGAGACAGUUGCAGGAGAGAUUACAAAGUCAAAGAAAUGACUUUGAUAGUCCACGGGUUCAUUUCAAACAUCUUGUCACUAACGUUGGAGAUCAGGUGGGCUGCAGAGACUUUGUUGAGAAAAAGCUCCAUUCUGUUGUGAAAUAUAAAGCAACAACUGAUAAGGACUGUUUUGAUAUCUCAGAUGUGAAUCCACCAACAUUACUGUUUUCUGUUCCUUUGGAUGUGGCUGAUACACUAAAAUGUUUCCGUGAAAGUCUGGAAAAAUCGAAACACCAUAGCAGAUCCCUGAAAUACAGCAGGAAAUUACUUUCAUUAUUUCUUGCUCACACCCAAGAUUUUUCUAGAAGAUUAAGCACCAGAAACCAAGCAUCUUCACAGGGAAAAGUGGGAUUUGUUAUGGGGGCUGAGUUGACAUACCAACCACAACCACCUGAUCUUUCAGAAGAAACGUUUAGUUGCCUCAGUAUGGUUCAGAGCAAUGCUAUUCCCCAGUCAAAACUGUCAAUCGUCAUUUCUUCAUAUGAGAAAACACUUGCAGAAGCUCUUGAAACAAAAAACCAACAAGGCCUCAAGGUGCAGGCAUGCCAUGAACUUGGAAAUCUUCACUUCUCUAUGGGCAACAAAAGAGCUGCUUUCAAAUGCUGGUGUCAAGGCCUUGAUGGAACCCUCAAAAUAGUAGAUGCACUUCAUCACUGGCAAGAGUUUGAUGGCUCUUCAGAAAACGCCACUGGCAACGUCGCCAACAUAUCUCAGGAUUUUUGUGAGAAAUUUGUUGCUCGGGCUGGGAUUUGGGGUUGCUUACAAGGAGCGGUACUAGCGGCUAAAAUAGCUCAGCACAUAUUAUUAUACGACGUGAAAUUAAGAACUAGAGCCUGUAUUUUAUCUGCUCUUCUCUUCAAGUCCCUGUUUAGAGCUUCACUACCGCAUCCUAAAGUUGAUUGUGACUUUGCACAGUAUGAAACAGAUGUUUUAAUUCCUGGAAUUGAUCUAUUUGUGGAUCGUUACAGAGCUGAUAUUGCAACUGUUGUUGCAGGUUUGAAUUUCGUUAUAUAUGAGUUGCAUUGUAGCAAGCAAAAUCUCAUAAUCUUGCCACUAUUCACAUUAUAUCAAUACUUUGUUUCUGAAAUUUGCCGAGAUGCAAUGAAAUGUAUUGAAGCAAGGAUUCUCAAGAUCAAAGUUCUUACAGAUUUAGGAUUUUUCUCUGAUGCCUUCCAUGAACUAUGUAUUCUUAAUCGUGGAGAGAAAAUCCCUUGGAAGCUACUUUCUGUCUACAAGCUUGUUCCAAAACUCCCGGUCUUUCCAAAGUUUGAUUCAUCACAAUCCCUCCUGACAAAUGCAAACCUACAGGCAUUAGAAGAUGUGUUCAACAGACCUCUACAUUCUGCCUGGGCACCAGUAUGUGAGCCACGAAUUGUGAAUAACUUAAUGCUAGCCAAAACACAUUUCAUUAUUUCUUUGGCUGAAACAUUAAACUGUAUUCCUGAAAAAGUUAUGAAAGUAGCAUAUUGUGUGGACACUGAAACAUUAAGAAGGGCAGGCAAAAAUACAGACGCAUUCUUAAAAGGUUUUAUGCCAGCUUCAGCAUUCACAGGUGGAAAGCGAGAGCCAAUUAUCAUGAUUGUGGAGCUUGAAAAAAACAAAGAUACUUUAAAUAUGGCCUCGCUAAAGGGAAUUUUAUUGGAAGAAGCUGAAGAAAGGAUUAAUUCAGUUCUUGAAACAAUACAGACUAAAUAUGGCAUGUUGAUUCAUGAAUGUUCAGCUUCUGAAUUAGAAAUUGUUAUUGAAGCAAAGCUUCAGCUUGCAGCUAUUGCACAACAGAGGCUUCAGACAGCAUUCAGUGCUGCUUUGGCAUUUUCCUCAAUAAAGCUUCUUCAAGAUGCAAGUGUUUUUAAGAAGGAAUCUAAGGUACCACAACACAAGGAUAAAACAGAUGAGGCAAGUGUCGAAUGGAUUUGUACUGAAGAUUCCAGUCUGCUUCACAAUAUAAUAGCCCAAGAACAUAUGAACAUACACGUAUGGCUGAGAUGUCGUUUGGCAUUAGUGAGUGCAGUUACAGCACAGGCAAGAGGCAUUGAAACAAUGAAAGCCCAUAGAUCCUUGCAGGAUAUAAUCAGCUUACUUGAAGAAAAGACUCUGAUUUCUCCACCAGCUUCUUUAACACUAGUGCAAAGUAUGCUCCUGCUAGCUGAUAUAAUGAGGACACAAGCAGAGGGUGAUGAAGAACAUCUCACAUCUAAGACUGAUCAGCUGAACUUAUUAUUUCUUGCACACACACUGGUAAUUAAACAGUUAUUUCUUUUGGGACAAUCGGUUGAACAGCAUGCAGAAGAUCCCACACUGACAACUCUAAACAAACCUUUGAAAAACAUAUAUCUGCCACAUAUCAGACUGUUGGCAAAAGUAAAAAUAAGAAUCGGACAUACGCUAGCACUAGAACUGUCUUGCAUGCCUAAACCGCAGAAUGAAUUGCAAUGGCUGCAAGCCCACAAGCACAUGGAAACAGCACUGAACCUUUCUAUGGCAUCAGCAAGAAGAGACCUGGAGCUGGAGGCUGAACUUCUUUUUCGAAAAGGGAAGAUAGAAAGACAGAUUGAUUCAUUAGGUGGCAAUAAAUCAACAUUAGCUGUUGAGAGCAUGAUAGAUGCCAUAAAAGUGAGCUUGAUGAGUUACCAGAAUUAUGGCUUGAUAAGAAGAGCUUACAUGGAGAUCGCAUUGCAAUAUUUCUUUCUAAUUACAAACAAGGAAGAGUUCCUAACCUCAAGCACACUGAAGGGAAGAAUAUUUAAACCAAGGCCUGCCAGUAGACACCGUGUUAGUUCUGAAGAAAUUACAGCACUGGAAAUGUACAGAGUGCAGGCCUGGAUUGCAGUGCGGGCUGCUGCACAGGUCAGUGAAAGUAUUCUGGCUUCUCAACAGUUAACUGGAAAGAAGGCUGUUAAAUUAUAUCAUGUGAGACACAGAAUACUACAAAACAUGCCAGAAUUUGCUCUUCUGGACCUCAGUUCUUCCUACAAGGAUUUUUUAUGUGAUGGAUAUGAAGUUAGAUAUAAAGUUCCUGUGAUGCCUUCUGCACAACAAGAAAGAUCAGAAAGUGAUGGAACUGAAAGUGUUUCUUCUGAUGAAAGCCAGGGAAAAUUGAAGAUACCUUGGGUCCAUGUAAUUCGGUACAAUACUUACUUAACCAGACUCUUGAACAUGAGCCCCCUGGUUGCUGUUCCAAAAGCAGGUGAGGGCUUAUUUGUUAAAGAAGAUAUAUUGUUCACGUCAGUAUUCGACACAACAAUUACCCUGCGCUUAGCAGAACUACAUUCUUUCUUGAAAAACUAUUUGCCUGUAUAUUCAGGCUGCUGCCUUCAGGAGCCUCCAAAACAACUGUAUGAUUUUGAAAAGCCUUGCUAUAGUAUGACUGUUCUUGAGAAGCAGCAAGACACACCUGCAGAGUCUCCAAGAACAUCACUAGGGGGAAUAACCUCUAGUAUUACUUGCAGUUCUGAGAUAAACUUAUAUGCAGAAAACAAGGCGACCAGUACUCCCAUCAGGGAACUUUGUGUGCAGUGGUACCUUCCAUCUUUGGAAGAAUCAUCAGAAGAAGGAGAGACUAUGGUUUUGUUCAUUUUUGCUUACAAUAAAAAACCAGUCAAAAUCACCAACAUCAAAUCUUUCAAUUCAGCCAAUGUAUAUUGUGGUUAUUUAUGGAUUCCAUUAAACAGAGUUAUUGCUGUACGGGAAAAGUUGUCUGAUCUGAAACAACACAUUGAAUUGUUAAUUCAGUCAAUGAUGAUUCCUCAGACAGCAUCUGAAGUACCAAAAGAAGUCCCUUCAACAGGAUCCAAAUCCAAUACGGCAAAGGUGCCACUAGAUAAAAAAGCAAAGGAAAUGGUCAAACUGUGUUUCUCAGAAAUAACAGAUUUGUUGUCCAUUCACUCAGAUUCAUCACCACCACUCAAAGAGAUCCCAUUUGAUAUUACUUUACCAGCAAUAAAGAAUUUAAGGAAAUUAUUUGAUCCAGCUAAUGGGUGUGUGAUAAUUGCAGGAAGUGUCUUGAACUGGAUAGUGUCUUUGCUAACUUGAACAAGCUUUUGGCAGUAAAACUGUCAUAUUUAAGUUUAUGGAAUUUUGUGGGUGGGUGGUAUCUGAAAUUUAUAAACUAAUUUAAGAUGUAGUACUUUAACAAUAAGCAUAUUGUUCUUUGUGAUUUAAACUGCUUUCUGAUUCUGAAUUUAGUUCUCUAUGAUAACUUAUUGAUUGAAAAGAUAUAAAGCAUCUCAGUCUGUAAACCGUAGGAUUUCUUCUUCAUUUAAUUAAAUAUUUUAAA